AUGUUAUCUGCUAUGGCCCAUCCAGAGGGAUCGAGCCAGGGAGUCCGCAAGUUAUUAGCCGAUGCGCGCGAACAGAACGUUCCGCUGACUGCCGAGAUGUGCUAUCUCGCCCUCGAAGCUCUUACGGUGCAUCCCGAACAUUUGCUACGAGAACAGGUUAUGAAGAUGAUGGACGACUACUGGUUCGAAUUUACUCAAUCCGCCAAACAGAAUAUUGCGCUGGCAAUGCUUCGGGAGGGCCAACAUGAACUGGCCAUGGAUAAGCUUACUGAGCUGUUGGAAGGCCCAAAACAAGUUGAUCUCUGGGUCUACGACAUUUUUAUUCUGGAAUUUGGCAGGAUGGGCUUCACAGACGAGGUGCUUCGUCUGCUAAAGAAGAGAAAACAUGCUAAAGGCACGGACGCCCCCUUCAGAAAUAUUGAGCUGAUUGCUCUGGAUAUUUUCAGCCAGUCCUUCCAUCACGAAGGAACAAAAUUUCUUUGGGAUGAGGUCGUAAAAACCGAAAUCCAUAACCCUUCUAAUGGUACCCUCGAAAAUAUUCUGGCCACUGCCGCGAGACAUGGCGAUACUCAACUGGCUACUCAAGCUCUAGCGAUACUAUCAAGCCGUGGAAAGCUCUCUCAACACCACCAUGAUGCUAUUAUCGAAACCUAUGCCAAUGCAGAGGACGUGGAGGGUGCGUUCACCACAUUAAAGUUGUUGCAAACCGCUGGGUGGCUUGAGGAUGAAGCAACCACACGGCCUCUCUACCGAGCUCUUCUCAAAAACAAGGAUCUUAUUGACACUGCAGCCUCUGCUAUUGAGACUAUGCACAAGGAGAGCCUUGUUCCCUUGGAUGUGGUCAUGGUUACAGCCGAGGCCAUGGCUAAGACUCGAACAUCAGAGGCUGCCAUGCCACUUUUCCGGAACGCCUACACUCUUAGCGGCAGAAGCCCCAGAUUCAGUAAUAUCGGGCGCCUGGUUCAACAUAGCGUCAAAACUGAGACGAAGUACGAGCUUGCCAAGAUGUGUUAUGUCGAGCUCUCCAAGACCAAAAUCCCGUCCCAAUUGGCAACAGAAACCCAGGCCAUCGCACCCAGCGACUCUGCAUCUGAGAAAACCAGCAUCCAAGCCGCACCUCCUACAGCAUGGUUAGAGCGUCAGAAUGUAAUGGUCGCACUCGACGUGAUAAUACCGGUCUGCGCAGAGGCAGGCGAUCUCGAGCUAGCCUUUAAGCUUAUUGGCUACGCCAAGGCUGCAGUACCGCAUAGUGGACGAAGGCCCGACUCAACAUCAUGGAGGUUCUCUGAGUGGGUUGAGCCAUUCGUCAAGAUGGCUCUGGAUGCAGAGGAUCCUAGAGUGUGGGAUAUCGUGGACGAACUGGACCAGGGUGCUGAUGGUCCGGCUUUGAUGAUACGCAAGGAGCUUCAGAAACGACGUAUCCAGAAGCGUGCUGGGCAGCGAGGAGCUUGGUGA